AUACAAGUACAAGUCCUCCAUGGACACCACUGUAUCCUGGCUCUCGGCUAGAGCAGGAAGCCAUCCAGUACAUUCACAAGUUCUAUUGUAAGGACUGUCAAAUGGAUCAGCAGGCAGCUGAAAGAGCAAAAGCAGCAGCAGCAUCCGGGGAGGAGAAUUCAGCUAGCGGUACAGCUGAAGCAUCUGUCCCAGCACAUCCUCCCGUACAGGUUCCCGACGUUAAACAGGAACCAGCUUCACCAAUGAGUCCUCAGCAGAUGACAGACGAAGCAUCACUCAUGGUUACUCUAGAUAAAAACAAGGAAUCCUUGAAGAGGAAGUUGAUGAUGAGAAGAUCUCUCAAUGAGUUAGUGGACCAAGGAAUAUAUCCCCGUAAGUAUCAUAAUAGUGUAGCACGUGUUUUAGAAGACUUUGUCACCAGUGGCAAGCAUGUAUGUCCCUUCAAAUGUUUGUAUAUUUUGAUGUUAAAUCCCUUAUACUUCAAAUAGACUGUUACAAAGUCAAAGGAUUAAAAAGGAAUGAACGAAGGUAAAGAUACUCAUUAACAUUUAUGAAUUGUGAAUCAUGAAAGUUUAUUUGAUGAUUUUAAAAAAUGUUCUCACUUGUACAAAU